AUGUCGUGGGGCGGCUUCAAAAAGUCGAUCAACCGGGCGGGCACGUCUCUCAUGCAAAAGACGGGUCAAGUCGAGCGCACUGUCGACACCGAAUUCUCCUCCACCGAAGAGCAAUAUCGCACCCUUGAACGCGAGGUGACAUCCCUGCAAAAGGAAGCGAAAGCCUACCUUGACGCGAUCCGAUCUCUCGCCUCUUCUCAAUCGCGCAUUGCAGAAGCGGUGGAUGGUUUCUACACCGAUUCGUCCGAUGCGGCCAUGUCGGCCAAUGCCUACCGUCGUGCCGUCGACGAACUCGAUACGAAAACCGCCAAAGAAAUCGACGCCCCGUACCGCGCAACGGUGCUCGAACCCAUCGGAAAACUCGCCAGCUACUUCCCCGAGGUCAACAAGACCAUUGAAAAGCGAAAUCGCAAACUCACCGACUACGACGCGGCAAGGACCAAACAUCGCAAGCUGACGGAGAAACCCAGCGACGACCCCGUCAAGCUCCCGCGUGCCGAGAAGGAGCUCGACGAUGCACGGGUCGUGUUUGAAGCGCUGGACGAGCAGAUCAAGACGGAAUUGCCGCAAUUGGUCGAUUUGAGAAUCCCGUAUCUCGAUCCGAGCUUCGAGGCUAUGGUGCGCAUGCAGGCGAAGUUUGCGGAAGAUGGAUACGAGAAGUUGGGCGGCGUGCAGAGGUUCUUUGCCGAUGGCGUGAGGGAGGAGUAUGCUGAGGGGCAUCUGGAUAGUCAGGUCGAGGCGGUGCUGCAGGAGAUGAGGGAGUUGAGCAUCUGCGGGAUCGGGCAGUAG